AUGGCAGAGCAAGAAGAAGAUUUCAGUUCUCUACCCCUCCCAGAUAGAUUUCAACAUAAGAUAUGGAAAGUAAGAAAGGCAGCAUAUGAAGAUGCAGCAAAACAAUUCGAAAUCACACCAGAUGAACAUGACCCAGUGUUUAAACCAUUCCUUAACGACCCUGGACUAUGGAAGGGAGCCGUGGCAGAUUCGAACGUUGCGGCACAACAAGAUGGUAUUGCGGCAUUAUGCGCUUUCUUAAAGUUUGGUGGGCGCGAACAUUGUACCAGGACACGAAGCCAUACAUUAACUUCCCUGGUCGAGAAGGGACUAAGUUCAACAAGAGCUGCUACCAAAGCAUCUGCGCUCGAAGCCCUAUUGUUAUAUGUCGAAUUAGAUAUAGCUGCCCCUGUCGUCGAAGAGCUUCUUCCUGCAUUGUCGCAUAAACAACCAAAAAUUGUCGCAGCGACGGUAACUGCACUAACCGCCAUAUAUCAUGAAUACGGAUGCAAGACGGUGGAUCCUAAGCCCGUUCUCAAAGUUCUUCCAAAACCAUUCGGUCAUGCAGAUAAGAAUAUGGUUACGAGAGGCCAUGAAGCCAAUGUUCUGGGGGACCUUAAACCUACACAACAGACCGAUAUGGAAGCUCAGUUUGAAAAGAUCAAGGGGGAGCCAGCGCCAAAACAAGAACGAUUCCUCAGAUCACAACAAGCAGCAAUGUCUAGGGCACCUCCCCCCGGUGAAGGUGGUGCAGAAGAGGAGGAUGAGUUAGAGGCUGAAGGUGUCGAGAUUGAUGCAUUUGACUUAGCUGAACCACAAGAUGUAUUAUCCAAGGUCCCUGCAAAUUUCCACGAACAGUUAGCUUCGUCAAAAUGGAAAGAGCGAAAGGAAGCGCUGGAGGCUCUAUACACCUGUGUCAAUGUUCCUAGAAUUAAAGAUGCCGAUUUUGGCUUGAUAAUUCACGGUCUGGCAAAAUGUAUGAAGGACGCUAACAUUGCAGUUGUCACUCAAGCUGCACAGUGUGUUGAAGUUUUAGCCCAAGGUUUACGAAAGGGGUUCGCCAAAUAUAGAUCCGUCAUUCAAAGCCCUAUUAUGGAGAGAUUGAAAGAGAAGAAGGCGUCUGUUUCAGAUGCUCUAGGUGCAGCACUUGAUCAGGUAUUUGCUGCAACGAGUUUGACUGAAUGUUUAGAGGAAACUCUUGAGUUCCUGAAACACAAGAAUCCUCAAGUCAAAGAGGGAACCGUUAAAUUUUUGAUUAGAUCACUCAGGACAACUCGAGAAGCUCCCUCCAAAGCCGAAGUAACUCAGAUUUCAGAAGCUGCAAAGAAGUUACUCGCAGAAUCGAGUGAAGUACUGAGAUCUAGUGGAGCUGAAGUAUUGGGUACGAUAAUGAAGAUUAUGGGCGAGCGUGCAAUGGGACCACACCUUGAAGGGCUGGAUGAUAUUCGGAAAACUAAAAUCAAGGAAUUCUUUGACAUUGCAGAAGUCAAAGCAAAGGAUAAGCCUAAGCCUCCUCCCGCCCCUGUAGCUCCUAAAGCUGCCCCAGCAGCAGGCCCUAAGAAAAUGGUAAAGAAGACAGUCGCAAAGAAACCACCUCCACCACCAAGUGCUUAUGCUCAACAAGCUCCAUUAGAGCCCCAGCCUACAGCAAGAAGUGCCGCUGGAUUAAAGAAGCCAGGUGGUCUUGGACUGAAGCCACCAGGGAAAAAAGUGGUACCACCAGCACUUGCUUCACCUAAACGUAACGCCCCAUCACCAGUUCCGAUUGAAGAUGAAGCUCCACCUCCACCUCGUGUAGGUUUAGGCCGUGGACCAGCUGGUCGAUCAUUGGCAAAAGCACCAUCCGCUAAUGCAGCUCCUCCCAUGUCCUCAAUGUCACCUCCACCAAAUGCCGGUCUGACUGCUUUAGAGAAAGCUGAGCUAGAAGAACUGCGAUUGGACAAAGAUCGUUUAUUACGCCAAGCUGACGAAAUGCGCCAAGAACGCUCGCGACUAUUUUCAGAAAUUCAAGAAUUGAAGAAUCAAAAUGCACAGCUAAUAGAGGAUCACACACGAGACGUUUUAUCAAUCAAAGCAAAGGAAACCCAACUGGUUCGUUCGAGAGCAGAUGCCGAAACGGCGGAAGCAAUGUGUGCGCAAUUGAGGAGGGAGCAAAACAGAUUAAAGCAUGCUCUAUCAGCCGCUGAAAGAGCGAGUAAUCACAGCCCAUCAAGAGGAUUAUCGAGCCCCGGACGUGAUGGAGCACAUGAUGAGGCUGUCAAUCACCGCGAAUCUAUGUAUGGCGCUCCUUCAGACAGUGGACGCCCAGAUUAUAGAAGUCGCCCUCGUAUGUCUAUCACAUCUUCAAUUGGAGAAGAUAAUUUAAACGGGGCGGGUCCUUAUGGUCGAAAUAUGUUAAGUCCUGAUUUGGAACCUACAAGUAAUGGAAGAUCAAGUGCUGCUAGUGGUAGUGGCAGGGCUAGCCCUGCGCCACUAUCUUACACAAGUGAUCGCAUGUCUAGAACUGGUAGUAUUCCUAGUGGCAAUGGAACAGGUGUAGAAAGCUGGAAGAGGGCUGCCGAGGUCACAAGUGCUUUGAAGGCAAAAAUUGAGCUUAUGAAGGCACGACAAAACAUAUCCAAACACUAA